UGGCCACCUGCUUGCCUGCCGGCUGGCGACCAAAGGAACCGCUGCCAUCUCUGGUCCGUACAAACCGCCAGAUGUCAACGGACGGACUCUGUUGCCUGCCACCCGUCCGUCAAGCUUAGAUCUGCGGCGUCCAACCAGGGCAGCUCCUGUUGCUUUGGUGCAAAUCAGACAUCUGGGCUUGGCCCCGGCCUUGUGAAGUCACGGAGAGGUGGCCACUAGCCGUUGUUCUCUGCUCGCCCCUUUUAGCAGACAGGAGAGACUGGCAGCGGGAGAGACGCCGCUGCUACACGACGCUGGCUAAAGCUGUCGCUUUACAUUCCAUACGGGAGACGUAGGGAAACGCGGGUUUGAUAUAUACUGAUUUAAACUUGCUCCUACCUAACCCUGAAGGCAGUCUUCUUUUCUAAAUGAGUCUGAAAAAGACGCAGGGCUAAAGGAACCUAAACUUGGAGCUGUGCCUGGUAUUCUGUGGCCCAUAAGGAGAAACACACUUAAAGAAAGAUACUAAUUGAUAUUGGGAGACACACGCACCCCCAUACUGCGUGCAAGGACGUGGCAUUCAGUACCACCUACCACAAGGACAAUACCUCAAGGUCGACUGUGCUGUUAAAUCAAACUUUUACUGCUGUGGUACCAUGGGAUGUAUUAAAUCAAAAAGCCCCUUCCCGCACACUAUUCUAGAUGAUGGAAGCAGGGAAAUCGAUGGAUACAAUAGUGGAUGUAACACAGAAAAAUCUGCUCUUAUUCAGCGGUCUGGGAUGUCAGCUUCAACAAACACUGCAGUGCUGGACUUUGCUCAUCGUCUCUCGCUAGAGAUUCUGGAUCAAGCUGUGAAGCAAUGGGCACUAACGGAAAGCAAAUACAGUGACAUCCCAUUCAUAGAGAGCGAGGAGCCAUGAAAUGCAAGAUUUGGCUCCCUUCACCAUGACUCCAUCAGGCCUCUCAUGUUUUGGUGCUAGCACAAAUAAAGUGAUGUUUCAACCAGCAGAAGUUGUGAUUUCCAGAGGUACCAGAGUUAUACAGAGGCCGCUAGCCUUGGCUGAGGCAGUGUAACAUCUUGCCUUUACUAUUAAACCUCUAACAGAACCACAGUAGCACCAAAUGGUUCCAGGGUAGCAGACGGGUCAGCACCACUAGAGAUGCACAAGAAUAGGGCAUGCAAGCUCAUGUCUGUUUGGAAUCUGUGGUAUAAAGGGCAUCAUUGGAAGACCAAACAAGACUGGGCCACCAUUUGUAAAUUAAAGAUUAGAGCUCUUAGCAGUGACAGGGUGUUCUGGCUGCUACUGAGCUCUGUGGAUUAAUCACUCUAGGCAAAAUAAUAUAUUUAAGCACAGGAUUCGGUCUUGUCAAAUUUCAGCAUUACUAAGAAAUUUGUCUGUUUUAUUCUCCCACUGGAACAUGAGAUUUAAAUGCUUAGCAGAAGAACAAAUCAUACUAACAGCUUAUCUACUGCCAGACUUUACUUUCCUAGACAUAUCAGUUCUCUAGUGGUCUGCAACCUUUUUUAGCUGAGCAAACAAAAAUUAACUUCAGACCAAAGACUAAAAGUAGAGGGAUGAUAAAGGAACAUGUGAACAACAUUGAGUGUUUCUUACUUAAGAAAAAAGAAAUCAGUGAAAAUGGUCAGCUGAUCUUGUGAGCCUUGGGAGUUAUUCAGACCUGUUCUGGCCUGUUUACUUUUGUGGCAAAAUUUUUAAUAUUGCUAAAGAACCUUUGUAUAGAUCACAAAGUGAAGGAAACGAUUCAGCAUCAAAAGAAAAGAAAAUUAUAAUAACAGCCCACAGCUUAAAGCAAAGUGGUGAAUUCAUGGCUUUUCAGCUGUUGCUGUACUGCAGUGUCCAUCAUCCUUCACUAUGGGCCAUGCCUUGCAGUGCAAAAUGUGGAGAACCAAGUAUUUUCCAUCCCUUAUUUAAAAUACUAUUCGUGAAUGUACAGAAACAGAACGGAAUGGAAAACUCCCAAAAAGAGAGGGCUAGAUCAGGAAUUUAGGGAUGUAGUGACAUGAUAUAUGUUUUACUGGAAAUGCUUGGGGUGGGUCCUUGCUGUAAUCUUCACUGAAGAGUAAGUUCCAGUGUGAGAGGAAAAGGAUGGGCACUACACCCAAGGCAUUCUGGCUAUAACGCUCUCAGCCAACAUGAAUAGCUGUUGAAAAGAUUUAUCUGACUGUCAUAGAUAUCACACAGUGUCAUUUCCAGCCACUGCAGUUACAUGUUCAAUACAAAAAAAAAGUUGGUAUAUCCAACCGUCAUUUUAUUCUGGUGUUAUCUCAUUGUAGCAGAAAUACCAGCCACAGGCGAUAGAAGCUCUGUUUUUCAAAGUACUGUAUAACUCAUCCUGCAGCAAGUCUUUAAAUUGCAAAGAGCUUGGGGGAAGCUGCAGAAAAGCAGCUUGACAUCAUCAUAGCUAAAAUACUACCUUGUGCUCUUACCUUUUCUCCACAAUUUAAAUGUUACUGAAAUGGUCCUAGCCUGAACAGAAAGAUGUGUUAAAUGUUGAACUGACUGCCUAUUAGAAACUGUCAAAACUAUCAUAUUCUAGGAAUGUAUCCUCACAGAGAUCCAGUGUUGAUUUAUUCUGUAUAGCACAAGAGGUAAGAAGGCGCACGUGUCCUGAUUUUUUGAAAAUCAAGAAGAUAACACUAAGUAAACAUGUUACGGUCAUACUUCCAUGCCAAUCUGAAGCACAACUUUAUCAGUCUGGUAUUUCAGCAACAUAAGGCAAGAAAUUGCAUCCAGAACUACAGCAUAUUAAAUAUAUUUUUACAGUAUAUAUUAUGUAUUAUUACUACUCAAAUAAUCAGUUGCAAUUGUGUUUGAAUAAAACAGUAUUUCAUA